CCAGGGGCCAAAAUCAACAAUUUUGUAGCUAAGUCGUCAAUGGGGUCUCUUUGAUUCAAGUUUCUGAUAACGGGACUUGCCAUUUGAAGGCAGCACCCUGAUGAUGCAUGUUUUGGAUUUGAUAUUUGUGAUUAAGAUAUCAACAACAUUGCAUUGGCUUGUACUUACAAAGGACAGCCAACAGUGUGACCGGUUGAAAAUGGAAUGCAAUAAAGAGGAGGCAUUUAGAGUUAAAGAAAUUGCAGAGAAGAAGUUUACAGAGAGGGACAUUGCGGGGGCAAGAAGAUUUGCACUGAAGGCUCAAAAACUUUAUCCUGCACUUGAUGGUCUUCCACAACUUGUAGCAACUCUUGAUGUGCACAUGGCUGCUGAUAACAGAACAAAUGGAGAUGUAGAUUGGUACAGAGUCCUUGAUGUUGAACCGUCAGCAAGUGAGGACACAAUCCGUAGACAUUACAGGAAACUGGCUCUCAUUCUGCAUCCUGAUAAAAAUAAAGCAGUUGGAGCACAUGGGGCGUUUAAUAUUAUAUCUGAAGCCUGGAAUCUGUUGUCCGAUAAAGCCAAGAGAAUCGUCUAUGACCAGAAGCGGAAUGUAACAGAUAUGGAUCAAAAAGUUCCACAUUGGAAAUCAUCAUUGCCAACUGGUCAUGAUAACAAUUCCAAUGCACGGAGCCAGAAGAAUGCUAUGCACCCGAAGCCUGUACCCCCUCCGCUGUUUUCCAAACCCAAUACCUUUUGGACAAUCUGCAAUGCAUGUAAAACACAAUUUGAGUACCUUAGAACUUAUCUCAACCACAGCCUUCUUUGUCAGAACUGUCAUCGGUCCUUCAUGGGUGUUGAGACGCCUCCCCCAUCCAUGGAUGGAAAUGGCCCAUCCCCUAUAUGGACUUCUUACAGCCAAGAACAUAAUUCUACUUGGCAUGUAAGGACUGAAAAUUCCACAAAUAUGGGACCUAAGUUUCAGUCAGGAGCAUUUUCUAAAGAUGGCGGUUUUGCAAGUGCACCGUCAGCAUUGUCAGGUGCUCAAUCUAAGAAAUUGAAAAGAAAGCAUGAAGAGGAAUUCCUUUACCGGAAAACAAAAACAGUUGCUGGUGGAGCUUCUGGAUUCAGUAGUUAUGGUUCCAGUUCUGUACUGAAAGGAGACAAGCUGCAGAAGAGAAGGUGCAUUGAUGAGCAAAGGGCAAACAGUAAUGGAAGAGAGACAGCAAAACAGGUGGCUAACAGAAAUGGAAGAGUUGGUGAAUCUGGUUCUCAAAAGAGUAGUUUAGAAGCAGGAAGGAGGAACAUUUCUGGCAACCAUAAAGUUAAUAGCACAAGUGAGUUGUCACAAAUAGAAAUUCGAAAGAUGUUGGUGGAGAGGGCUAAGAACGAUAUUUCCAAGAAGGUGAAGGAAUGGAGCAGUGUGGCUACUGCUCUAAAGACUUCAGAAAAGGAUAUCAAGAAGGAGGGAGGAAAACAGAACGGUGGCACAAAAGCUGAUUCAAAAGAAUGUCCAGAGUUUCUGGAUACUAAGAGCGGAGCUCACACCACUGAGCCUUCACCAAUCAAUGCUAAUGAUGAUCCAGAUACAAACAUCAAUGAUUGGCCAGUCAUGAGCGUUCCAGAUCCAGAUUUUCAUGAUUUUGACAAGGAUCGCACAGAGAGUUCAUUUGGUGAUAACCAGGUUUGGGCUGCAUAUGAUGAUGAUGAUGGGAUGCCUCGGUAUUAUGCCAUGAUUCACAGUGUGAUGUCACGGAAGCCUUUCAAAAUGCGGAUUAGUUGGCUUAACGCCAAAAGCAACCGUGAAUUGGGCCCACUAAACUGGAUUGGUUCCGGAUUUUACAAGACCAGUGGAGACUUCUGGAUAGGGAAGCAUAAAAUCAACAAGUCUCUUAAUUCUUUCUCUCACAGGGUGAAGUGGGUGAAGGGUUCAAGAGGGACUAUUCAAAUCUAUCCUGGAAAGGGUGAUAUUUGGGCUGUUUAUAAAAACUGGUCUCCCAAUUGGAAUGAGCGUACCCCUGAUGAAGUCAUACACAAAUAUGACAUGAUGGAAGUGCUUGAGGACUACAAAGAGGAGAGAGGAGUUGCUGUUGCUCCUCUUGUUAAAGUUGCUGGUUUCAAGACAGUGUUUCGCCAGCAUCCUGACUCGAGCAAAACCAGGACAAUCCCAAGGGAAGAGAUGUUUAGGUUUUCUCACCAGGUUCCGUCAGUUCUGCUCACAGGUCAAGAAGAUCAAAAUGCUCCCAAGGGUUGCUGGGAACUUGAUCCUGCUUCUACUCCUUUGGAGCUACUUCAGGUAUUAUCAGAAGUUCAGCUGGAUGGCAUGAUGGAGACUGCUGAAAAAGAUAAGGAAAAAUAUUUAUGUCGUGAUAUGACAAAAUUUAAUGAAGAGUUUGUUGAACAUGUCAACACAGUCGAGGAAAAAGGUGUGGUGGGAAAGGCUGCUAGAGGAGAUGUAGCUAAUGCUAGGAAGAAUAAGAGGAAGGAAACAAAUAAAGACAAGGUAAUGGUGUAUAAACGGAGGUGAUGAAAGAAAUGGGAAAAAAAGAGACUAGAAGUUUCUCUGUUAGGUACUUAAAAACUGAAGCACUUGACAGUUUUUUCCAAGUAGUUGAAGUAGUGUUAGAAGAAAUUGAAGUUAGAGAUCACUCAAGCCAUGUUGUCAGAAGACUUCCUUUUUAGAAUUCCCUCGAAUUAUAAUGGGGAGUCAUCAUACAGAAAUUGAUUCAGCAAUUCCUUCCUUUUCUAUACGUUGGCUGGACUGCAAUUUUGUUUGAAGUUACAGUAUGCCCUCAAGGCUUUAUCUUAUCGUUGUUUGUUGCUUGAAGACAGUUUGGAGGGCUGAAUUUACACACUGGUAAGCAGAGUUUAUAGCUUGACAUCCAAUAGGCUAAGCUCAUUUACUGCUGCUCACUGAUGCUCGUAACACUGUUUUAUGGAUACCCUCCAAAAGAAUAAUUUUUUUGACAGCUAGUCAAUUUUGUGUUAUAGGAACUGCACCUUUUAAUUCUUUUACACCA